AAACAAACUUCUACUGUAUCUAGAGCAAAAAUGACAAAGUUUUGCAAAUUAUUUUAACAUGCUGUUUAAAGAAAAAUGUUUAAUUAAACCAAUCUAAAUGAAGCAAUAUAAUGAACAAUAUUUUAUCUGGUAACUGCAUUGACGUGUCUGUUUGGUAAUAUGAUAAUAACAUGACUGAAGUCUAUUGAGCUUCAUCUGGAUCUUGAGACGCUCAUGAAUGAUCUGUUAUGGCUAUCUACCUGUACAGACUACUAAGGGACCUGUUUUACAAGUUUGUUAUUCACCCAUUGGGUUUGAUAGCCAGACCAGUCUCCAGGGCUGAACAGCUGUUGUCAGAAGAUAUUAGGCUGAAAUGGGAAAGGGAGCAAACGUUGCUGAAAGAACAAAUGGUACUGAAGGACACAGAAGAAAUAAAGUGCAUGCUGCAAGUUGGACAGUUGCAAGAAGAUACAUGUAUGAGUUCUAAUAUGCAGUAUUACAUCGCGGGGGUUGACAUUUCCUUUGUGAAAGGUGAUGAUGUGACCGCCUGUGCUGCACUUGUUGUCUUGACAUUUCCAAAGUUAGAGGUUGUGUAUAGCGACUGUAAAAUGAUAGAGCUUACUAAGCCCUAUAUUCCCGGUUUCCUUGGUUUCCGAGAGGUCCCAUUUCUGCUGGAACUCUUCAAUGACCUUCAACAGAGGAGACCAGAGCUCAUGCCUCAUUUGGUGAUGGUGGAUGGAAAUGGAAUUCUUCAUCCAAGAGAGUUUGGUUCCGCAUGUCACCUGGGGGUGUGUCUAGGCUUGCCAUGUAUAGGUGUAGCCAAGAAACUGUUCCAUGUUGACGGUCUUGAGAAGAAUGUUGAACACCAUGAAAAGAUUGCCUCCCUUGAGAAAGGUGGAGAUACAUUCCCUUUGGUUGGAUCUUCAGGCAGAGUACUAGGCAUGGCACUAAGAAGCUGCAGUAGCUCCAAGAAUCCCAUCUAUGUGUCCCCGGGUCACCUGGUUACCAUGGAAACUGCUACCAGACUGGUACACAUGUGUUGCAAACACAGAAUUCCAGAACCAGUUAGAAUGGCUGAUAUUAAUUCCAGAGAGUACAUCAGAGUCAGGAAACAAACAGAUGAUGGACAAGGCUAGAAAGAUACUGAAGACUUACACAAGAAUGCAACAUGAAGAGUCCAUACGCUGAAUUAUGAAUACUGGGGAUCAUGUGAUCUUUGUCGACGAUAAACAGACCAUACAGGUUCAAAAAAGUGCAUCGGGGUCCCACGACCAAAGUGACAGCCACUUAAAGACGUCAUUCAUUUAUCACUUCAUGUGAAGAACUGAAGACAAUGCGUUUGUUAACAAUUGUGUUAUGGCUUUUGCUUGUUAUCUGCGAUAUUUAUACUUAUUUUUUUACGGACGUUUAAGCGCCCGUUUGUGAUCAUUGACCAAAUAAAUUUAUAUAUUUAUUUA